UUAAAAAAAACUGAAAAAAGAAAAGAAAAAUGUUAUGCUCCUCAAACAGUUGUUGCUUAGUGAGAUAUUUUAAAUUCCACUCUUAAUUCUGUUUUAAAAAAUAGAGCGAAAAAUGCUUCAUUUGGUUUAAAUUACUGUGCGAUUCAGAUUAACCAGCAAUUCGAGGAUCUAAAUUUAAAAAAAAAACAGAAAAAAGAAUGGAAAAAAAAAUGUCUAAAGGAAUAGUUUGUGAAAGGUGUUCGUUAGAAAUUAGACGAAACUCCCUUCUUUUUUGCAAUUUUCUCGCAGAGGAGUAUUGUGAUCAUUGUGAAACUUCUCUACCCCUCGUUGUUUAUCAUAUUAGUCUGUAAUCUCUAUGAAUUCUAUUAUUUUUCGUCUGUUUGCUUCUGAGGCAGUUUCAAGUUUGAGCUGAUCCUCGAGGCAGUUUCCCAAGCAGAGGUUGGUUCAUCUAAGGUUACACAACUCUUAACAAUUGUGUAACACCCAUUAUAACAGGAUGACCACUUCUGCUGGGGAUAACUCUAAGGAAAGUUCUUCCUCUCUCGCAAGGCUUGCUCCCCUUCAAGCAGUAUUAUUUGACAUUGAUGGAACUUUAUGCGAUUCUGAUCCAUUUCACUAUCUUGCAUUCCGUGAAAUGCUUUUGGAGAUAGGCUACAAUGGGGGCGUGCCAGUUGAUGAGGAGUGGUUUGUCAAGACAAUUUCUGGAAUACACAAUGAAGAUCUUGUCUCUGUCUUUUACCCUAAUGAUCAUGAACAGGGUGUAAAAUUCUUGAACGACAAGGAAGCUUUGUUUAGAAGAUUGGCAAAAGAACAAUUGAAACCUCUAAAUGGUCUCUACAAGUUGAAGAAGUGGAUUGAAGAUCGUGGUUUGAAACGAGCUGCAGUUACCAAUGCACCUAGAGCUAAUGCUGAACUGUGUAUAAAUCAACUUGGCCUUGCUGAUUUCUUUGAUGCUCUGAUUCUUGGAAGUGAGUGCAAACAUGCAAAACCAUAUCCUGAUCCCUAUUUGAAAGCCCUUGAAGUGCUGAAUGUAUCAAAGGAUCACACAUUUGUAUUUGAGGAUUCUGUCUCAGGAAUAAAGGCUGGGGUGGCAGCUGAAAUGUCUGUUGUUGGCUUGGCAAAUCGAAAUCCACCUCAAUUACUUAUGGAAGCAAAUCCUACUUUUCUUAUUAAAGAUUAUGAAGAUCCAAAAUUAUGGGCAGCUCUUAAAGAGAUUGAUAAGAUGUCAGGCACUGGGAAGAAGACCAUAGCAUGAGGCAAUAAGGCAUAGAUAAUAUAUAAGAGGUGAAAGAUCGGCGAAAGGAAGGACUUACUCAUAAUCGAUGUUUACACUAAAUCUUAUUGGUUUUUGCUAUGGUUAAUUGAUAGAUUGAGGCGAAAGUACAUAGUAGUACUAAUUAACCAUGGUUAGCGAUAAAGGUGUAUAUGAAAGACACGUAUCAUGUACUCAUCGGCCUUGUGUAAACUCCAUGUGUGAGUCAAUUUUUUUCAGUGAAGACCUUUAUUUUUGUUUC